CCGGAGCGCGGCAGGGCCAUGGGCAGCCGGGACCCGCCGCAGCGCGACCAGCAGCAGCAGCAGCGCCGGGAGGGCUCCGGCCGCGGCUCUGGGCUCUCCGGAGCCAUGGGAUAGCGCCAGCGCCGGCCCGGAGACAAGCCGCCGCCCUGCUGCCCUGCACGGCGGCUCGGAGCGCGCCUGCGGAGCGAGGGCGGCACAAUAGCCGGGAAGGGGCAGGGGCGAGAGAGGCGCACGGAGCUGCGGGACUCCGCAAGCCCCGGCCCCUGCAGCGGAGCACGGCGGCACCCGGCCCGGGGAGGCAGGGGCUGGGUGCGCCAUCGGUCGCGUCCUCCCCCGGCCCCUGCUCCUUUGUGCGGCCCGCCGUCGGAUGGCCGUGGCGCGAGCGCCGUUGUUCUCGGGCAGACGCCGGUCCGGCCGGGGCUGACGCUGCGGGUGGUGGUGCGAGGCGACGGGGACGAGAGACCUUCCCAGGGCCAGAAGCAGCUGCCUCUGCGCCCUCUUCUCCGGCGUGGAUCGCGGAGGAGACGCAUUUCGUGAGUUAACCCUUGGCUGUCUGCUGCUGCAGCUCCAUGUGAGAUUUGGCUGGCACACGCCGCCCCCGGUCCUUACCCUGGUCUAUUCUCGGAUGCAAAAUGGUGGACCCAGUGGGGUUUGUGGAGGCUUGGAAAGCUCAGUUUGCAGACUCGGAGCCUCCCAAGAUGGAGCUGAAAUCGGUGGGAGAUAUCGAGCAGGAGCUGGAGCUGUGCAAAGCCUCCAUCCGGAGGCUGGAGAUGGAAGUCAACAAGGAGAGGUUCCGCAUGAUCUACCUGCAGACCCUCCUGGCCAAGGAGAAGAAGAGCUAUGACCGGCAGAGGUGGGGAUUUAAGCGAGUUUCCCAUCUGCCUGAAGGGGCUGCGGAGCAGCAGAAUCAAGACCCACAUCACCAACCGGCUGAGCAAGGGGAGCUGGAAAAAAACAAGCCCCAUCACGGAGAGGAGAGGUUCAAGCCAAGGAUACCUUCUCUGCGGAAACUGUCCACCCAGAGCGACGGGUCAGACCUGUCGCUGCUGGACAGUCCCCACCACGGGGAAGGGGAUCAGGACAGGUGUAAAUACUACAGCGAAGAAAAGCUGAAGAGAGUUGUGGAGGACACGGAGAACCGCUGCGAUACAGAGGGGUCCCCUUCCAAGCACAAGCCUGCUUCCGCUCGCAGGCUGGCAGGAUCCGCUGAGAGAGAGGGGUCUUUCGAGCCAAUUGCGAAGGAGAGAGGGAACACUACCAGUGUGGCGGCGCUGAGGUCCAAUUUUGAGCGGAUUAAAAAGAUAAACUUGCAUUCCUCUACAGAUAGCAAGGAUGCUCCGGAGAAGCCCUUUUACGUGAACAUGGAGUACCACCAUGAGAAGGGGCUUGUGAAAGUCAACGAUAAAGAUGUUUCAGAUAAGAUAAGCUCCCUGGGUAGCCAAGCCAUGCAGAUGGAGCGCAAAAAGUCUUUGCAUUCUCUUCCUCCGAACAUGGUAGCCAGCUUUGCCACCUACAGGGGGAGAUCCUCUGAGAGCACCUUCGGCUAUGAUGGCGACUAUGAGGACGCUGAACUGAACCCCAGGUUUCUGAAAGACAACCUGAUAAACGCCAAUGGGGGCAACCGAGCACCAUGGCAACCAAUGGACUUUCAGCCCUACCAAAGCAUCUACGUUGGUGGGAUGAUGGGGGAAGGAGAAAGCAAAGGAUCUGUCCUGCAAAAUCAAAGUAUGUCUGACCAGGAGAAGCAUCUUACAUGGCCCAGGAGGUCUUAUUCCCCCAGGAGUUUUGAGGACAUUGGGGGAGGGUAUACCCCUGACUGUAGCUCUAAUGAGAACCUCACAUCCAGCGAGGAGGACUUCUCUUCAGGUCAGUCCAGCCACGUUUCUCCCAGCCCCACCGCUUACCGCAUGUAUCGGGAUAAAAGCCGUUCUCCGUCCCAGAAUUCACAGCAGUCCUUUGACAGCAGCAGCCCACCGACUCCUCAGUCUCAAAAGCGGCACAGGCCACAGCAGGUUGUUGUGUCUGAAGCUACAAUUGUAGGAGUACGAAAAACAGGGCAGAUCUGGCCAAAUGAUGGAGACUUACCGUCUGGGAGAAGUCAUCAGGACAGCUGUUUCCAUGGAGAUACAGAUGCUUCAUUCAGUGGGACGCCACCUAGCUAUGCCUAUGAUGCUGACCGUGCCGAAGAACAGCGGCGACACCAUGACAUGAUGCCCUACAUUGAUGACUCACCGUCAUCAUCACCACAUCUCAGUUCCAAGAGUCGGGGCAGCCGAGAUACACUCUCUUCAGGGUCUCUGGAGUCCACAAAAUCAAGUGAGCCAGACUUGGAGAAGGGCUUGGAGAUGAGGAAAUGGGUCCUGUCUGGAAUCCUAGCCAGUGAGGAAACCUACCUGAGCCACCUAGAGGCUCUGCUGCUGCCCAUGAAGCCUUUGAAAGCUGCUGCCACCACUUCUCAGCCUGUGUUGACCAGUCAGCAGAUUGAAACCAUUUUCUUCAAAGUGCCUGAAUUAUACGAGAUCCACAAAGAAUUCUAUGAUGGGCUUUUUCCUCGUGUGCAGCAGUGGAGUCACCAGCAGCGUGUAGGAGACCUUUUCCAGAAGCUGGCCAGCCAGCUGGGAGUGUACCGGGCCUUCGUGGAUAACUAUGAGGUUGCCAUGGAGACAGCAGAGAAAUGCUGCCAGGCCAACGCUCAGUUUGCUGAAAUCUCUGAGAAUCUGAAGGCCAGAAGCACAAAGGAUUCUAAGGAUCAGACGACAAAAAACUCCUUGGAAACUCUACUGUACAAGCCGGUGGAUCGAGUGACACGCAGCACACUUGUUCUUCAUGAUUUACUGAAACACACUCCAGCCACCCAUCCUGACUACCCCCUCUUGCAGGACGCACUGCGCAUCUCUCAGAAUUUCCUGUCCAGCAUCAAUGAGGAGAUCACGCCCCGCAGACAAUCAAUGACGGUCAAGAAGGGAGAGCACCGGCAGCUCCUGAAGGACAGUUUCAUGGUGGAGCUGGUUGAGGGAGCUCGGAAGCUGCGCCACGUCUUUCUUUUCACUGACCUGUUCCUGUGUGCCAAGCUCAAGAAGCAGAUUGGAGGGAAAAGCCAGCAGUAUGAUUGUAAAUGGUACAUUCCGCUCACAGACCUCAGCUUCCAGACAGUGGAUGAGGCCGAGGCUGUGCCUAACAUCCCGCUCGUGCCUGACGAGGAGCUGGACGCCAUGAAGAUCAAGAUAUCCCAGAUCAAGAAUGACAUCCAGCGGGAAAAGAAGGCGAAUAAGGGCAGCAAAGUCAUUGAGAGGUUGAAAAAGAAGCUCUCUGAGCAGGAGUCUCUGCUGCUGCUGAUGUCCCCCAACAUGGCUUUCCGGGUGCACAACCGCAAUGGCAAGAGUUACACGUUCCUCAUCUCAUCAGACUAUGAACGUGCUGAGUGGAGAGAAAACAUCCGGGAACAGCAGAAGAAAUGCUUUAAAAGCUUCUCGCUCACAUCAGUGGAGCUCCAGAUGUUGACCAACUCAUGUGUCAAGCUUCAGACUGUCCACAACAUUCCCCUUACCAUCAAUAAAGAAGAUGAUGAAUCCCCCGGGCUCUAUGGAUUCCUGAACGUGAUCGUCCAUUCUGCCACAGGAUUCAAACAGAGUUCGAAUCUGUACUGCACAUUAGAGGUGGAUUCCUUCGGGUAUUUUGUGAACAAAGCUAAGACCCGUGUUUACAGGGACACCACAGAGCCCAAUUGGAACGAGGAGUUUGAAAUUGAGCUGGAGGGCUCGCAGACCCUGCGGAUUCUGUGCUAUGAAAAAUGCUAUAACAAGACCAAGCUCACCAAAGAGGAUGGAGAGACCACUGACAGGAUCAUGGGGAAAGGCCAGAUCCAGCUGGAUCCACAGGUACUGCAAGACAAAGACUGGCAGCGGACAGUCAUCUCAAUGAAUGGAAUCGAAGUGAAACUGUCUGUGAAAUUUACCAGUCGGGAGUUCAGCCUAAAAAGAAUGCCAUCCCGCAAACAGACUGGCGUCUUUGGAGUCAAGAUUGCUGUUGUCACCAAGAGGGAGAGAUCCAAGGUGCCUUACAUUGUGCGCCAGUGUGUGGAGGAGAUAGAGCGGCGUGGGAUGGAGGAAGUGGGCAUUUAUCGUGUCUCAGGGGUUGCAACUGAUAUCCAGGCCUUGAAAGCUGCCUUCGAUGUCAACAACAAAGAUGUGUCGGUGAUGAUGAGCGAGAUGGAUGUUAACGCCAUUGCUGGGACAUUAAAGCUGUAUUUCAGAGAACUGCCUGAGCCCCUCUUCACAGAUGAACUGUACCCCAACUUUGCAGAGGGCAUCGCACUUUCAGAUCCGGUUGCAAAGGAAAGCUGCAUGCUGAACCUAUUGCUGUCACUUCCAGAACCUAACCUUGUGACAUUCCUUUUCCUUCUGGACCAUUUAAAAAGGGUUGCUGAGAGGGAGAGCAUCAACAAGAUGUCCCUGCACAAUCUGGCAACUGUCUUUGGACCAACACUGCUGAGACCCUCAGAGAAGGACAGUAAAAUUCCUGCCAACCCAACCCAGCCCAUAACAAUGACUGAUAGCUGGUCACUAGAAGUCAUGUCCCAGGUUCAAGUUCUUCUUUACUUCCUGCAGCUGGAAACGAUCCCCACCCCAGACAGCAAGAGGCAAAGCAUCCUCUUUUCCACAGAGGUAUAGAGGCCUGGUUUUAGCCAGGGGACUUGUAGAACUGCUCUCAGUGUGAACCUGCCACGCUGAGAGUGAGAAGACUGGUUCUUCAGACAUUCUUGGCCUGCUCCCAUCACAGGGAAGUGUGGCCUUCAGUGCUUCUGCUGUUUGUCACACAGAGAGACAAGCUAAAGAGAAAGGAGAAACUCCGUCUCGUUCUUAUCAUUUAGAACAGGAAAGAAUUGGACAGGACAUGGGACUGUGCUAAGAGCCUCCACUCGAAGGAGCAAUAGACACUUUAAUGAAGGCCACCCGGGGCAUGGCUGCUGUGCUUGUUGGGAAUAGGACAGAAGGUUUUCCUCAUUUUUAUGGAGUUAAUUUAUCAUAAAGAAGUUUCAAGAUUUCUACUGGACCACUUGUCAGGAUGCCCUGGGGUAAGGGGGUGUUUAAAGGAUUUGUCACAACUGUGUCAUUUUAAUAACUGCUGUUUUAAGCUAUUGUUCUGGGUUACAAGGGAUUGCGCUGCUCAGCAAGGGGGAGCCACAAUUCCCUCCACUCAGAAAUUCAGGCCUUGAUUUGAACAGGGUUUUUGAAUAAUAAACCAGAAGUUUGGUGCACAACUGGACCUGUUGUUUUUUUGUCUCUGUCCUGCCCAUGCCUUCCCUUGUAAAGGUUUGUACAAACUCGAGGGAAGGGGCAGCCCUCUUUUUGCCUCUUUGUUGCACUUCUGACACUGUUUUGGUGUUAAAAGGAGCCAGCCUCAGUUGCAAUGAUACAAUGAGUGGCCCUGCCCUUGACAAAUGGCAGGAAAGACUAGGCUGAGCGCAUCAUGAGCCUGUUCUCUGGAACAAGCAAGUGUGCUUGGCUGUGUCAGAAAGGAGCGGCUGGGCUCUCCAGAGGAUCAGUAAUUUCUUCUGGGCCCUUUUCAAAUUGGACAGAAAUGAACUGGUGAGGCUGCUGUAACUCCCAGCUCUUCAUAUGAAUGCAUGUUAGCACUGGUGCAAAAAUAAGCACUAAAAACACCUACUGAAGUAUCUUCAAACAUCUGGGGACAAAAAAUCAACAGCUGUCUUUCUUGCUGGCUGCUUACUCUAAACUGUUCUUAGAAAAGUUUGUCUUGAUACUUGAAUUCAUUUUCUUUUGUUUGAGACUUUGUAUGUUGCUUUUCCAAGAGUCUUUUUUCUGAUUGGCACAAAUACUUUGGUGUGUCAGAAUGUACUAUCACAUGGACAAUCUCACAGGUAGCAUGCGUUUUGUAUUCUUCAGAAAUUCCAACCCUGUUUUAAUUAAGAGCUGUGCAGCAAUUUCUGUGGAACUACACACAGCAGUACAAGAGAAGGGGCCAUAAUACCCACUCUGCUUCCACUAGUGUAACCAGAAUGGCUUACAUGGGUAGAAGUGGGACCAGUAUUUGCCUUGGGAAUUGUAAUCAUAAGUUAAUUGCCUGGUAUCUAGACCAGAAUGAGUUAUUCUGGUCAUGAAGCAGAUGUGCCAAACAUCUGAGGGGAGAUUCCAGCUGCAUAAGGUAUUUCCUCCCCCUUUACAACCCACCCCAUUAUGCAGUGUCAACUUUAGUCAUGACCAUCCAUCACCAUCCUGGCUUUAAAAAAAAAAAAAAAAAAGGCAGCUUGAAGAGAAAAAAAUAGAAUAGGGGGUGGGAGGGAAGAAGCCAAUUGAAAAAAUAAAUGAUGCAGUUGAAUUAUCAGCAUCAUUUGAGGGGAAAUACUAAAGAGAAAACCAAUCCUGUUAUGCCAAAUUUUCAGAAGGUCUCUCAAACCUCUCCAUUGUGAAAAAUAACAGAGGAAUCUUCCAAACAAGGGGGGGGGAAGCAAAGAAGCUAUUUGGUAGUCACUCUAAUUCUGACUGCUGCAUACUAUUAGAUGUUAUUGUACUGUGAAGUUGCAAAUUCAAAAGACAAAUAGAAAAUAUUUCGAUUUUGUGAGUAUAUCAACAUUUUGCAUGCUAUUGUAAGGAUUCGUAUAGGAAUUUAAUAUUGCUUAGCACCCCUCCCUUCUUAGGUCUGGGAGCAAAACCUCUGUGUGUCGUACAACUAGAAAAUCCUUCUCUCUGGACUGUAUUUCCACUGCAUUCUCACUUUAAACCCUCUUUUCUGUUAGAAACCCUAAGGCCAAAAAAUGUGCAUGGUUCAGAGGUGUUUGCACAGAGGAGGGUGGAGCCAAGGAAACUUGAAAGCUUAAAAUUUGUCCUUUUUUAAUGGGGGAGGGAGGGGGGUGGAGGGCACUGGGGAAAAAUAGAUAAAAAUUGGUCCAAUCCUGAAAGCUAUCUCAAGGAAAGUGAUGCCAUCCUAUAACACACACUUUGGUUUUGCGCUUUUCUGUGUUUUGUGUUUUAAUAGCAUAUCUGUAAAUCCUUUCACUGUCAGCUGCACACCCACCCAUCCCUUCAUGGACUUCAGAGUUUGGUAUGUUUGAGGCAGCAGCACUGCAAAAAGCUUUGUUUUGGAACUCCUGCUCCAAGCAGUGGUGUAAUAAUUUUCUCCUUUUGGUGUUUAUAAUCUGUGGCUGCAGGUUGCAGUAUUUAAACUGGAAAGCAAUACCAUAAUAACUGUGCCAAUUUACUUUUGCCGGACUUUUUUAUUUUUAUUUAUAUAGGAAGUGUAAUUUUAAUAUUAAAUUGCUGAUUUAUAUUAUGUAACCAUAAGAAAGUUGCUUUUUGCUUUGGUUACUGUUCCAAGUUGUUGCUUUUAGUCUCUUAGUACAGUACAGGGUGUGAUUCUAAUGAAACUCUAUCUAACAUGCAGGCAUGUGGAUCAGAAGAAGUGUCAAGAGUUAAUUUAACGUAACCCGUUAAUUAUUUUUGUUGAGUAUGAGUGUAUGUUUUCCCCAAAGCUGGUAAUUUUGGGCUGGAAAAAUACCACAUCCUCUGAUAUUGGCAGGGUCAUUGAUUUGUUUGAAGUGUGGGAGUGGAUUAAUUAAACUUUCCUUAGAGAUGCAGCUGUAAGUCUUGUGUGGGGACUACGGUUCCUGAAAUUGAGAACUCACAAAAGGCUGCUUCCCUUUUUCCCACUGUUUUCUUACAUCUCAACACAAUAAAGGAAAAGGGACUGGUCCUUUGCAGUAUCAGAGAGGCCUGCUUCCCAGGAGGAAAACUGGCCUCGCCCAUUGUACAUUUUAGAAGACACAACAUCAGCAGUGUGAGAGCGAGAACUGGCAAGAUUCAACCUUCUCAGAUAGACUGUAAUGUAUGCUGGGAAUUGGUACCAACUUAUUGAAUACACUCUUCCAAGCCCAUAGCUUUCAGCUGCUUAAACCUAAAACAUGAGAACAGGCAUCUGGGAUUCUUCAGAUAAUUUCAAUAUCAUCUGUGUAACAUCAUUUAAAAAAGAAAAGGCACCAGAGCCCUUGCCUUUGGAAAUAGCUUUAAAAAAAAAUCUUGUGGAUGUUUUUCCAAUCUGGAGUAAGUCUUUAAACCAGCAGAGUAGCAGUAAGUAAAACAAACAAACAAACCCUGAAAAAGAGCGUAUAAGGACCAGUGAUAACUGCUUAGAUCUGUUUUAUCUUUGUGUUUUGCGUGUUGUUUUAUACUGGGGGAAAAGGUGUCUUAGUUGAAACCAAACUGAAACACAUCCAUUUAAAUGCUGCUGGUGCAUUUUACUCUUGAAAAGAGUAAAUGUAAAGAGCUGAGGUAGUUGUUAGGCUAAAUCAAGCUGUACUUUAUAUGCUGCUAAUUUUUUAUGUAUCAGCUAAGGGCGACAUAGAGCAAUGCAUUGAUCCCAUUCACUGAUGCCUAAUGCCUGGCUUGACUCUGACCUUCAGUUGCCAAGUGAAGUACAGGGCAAUCAAUAUGUACCAUGUGAAAUGAAACUGCAAAUACUUUUUGUAGGUCACUACGUGAUGCAACUGUGGAUUGUGUUUGUUGGAGAUGCUGUUUGUUCACUUGAAUUGUUUUCUAAUUGUUUUAUGUUCUUUUUAUAUAUAUAUUGGUUCCUUUAAACAAAUGUACUGUUCUGUACAUAAAGGGUCUUCAAACUUGCUCACCACCCAUUGCGACACUGGAGGGCGUUACAGUAUGUGUUCACUUCUCGCACUGUGCCAUUCCUCAAAAUACAUGUGGAGCGGAAAAUGAACAGCUUUGGCCUUUCAAGGUGCCUAAAAUCUGCAUCUUAAUAAAGAUUUAAAAACCCCUCCUGCUA